GUUAUCCUUUUUGUGAAAGUUUUGUCAGCUUACUGCAAUAAGUGUUCCAAUAUUAUGCUUGUGACCAGAAAACACCAAUGGCAGCGUUCCUUGUGAGGCUGAAAAACUGUGUUGGUGCUGAGAUUCGUUUCUCCUUUUUGCACCAUUAGUCAUAAAUAGGAUUUUUAAUUCCAUAUCCGCUUUUUGACAACAUAAAAGUAGUUAAUAUGAUCAUAAAAUACUCGUAGAACAUUCGUUUCAGAUGGUUGGCAUAAGUACCUAGUGCAUGAGGUUCGAGGUCGAACUUCUAAAGAGUACAAAAUAAAAGAGUUGACAUGGAGGCUACCGAAAUGAGUAUGGGUUCAGGGUCAGACCCAACAGCAGGUGGGGACAGCCCUCCUGAGGCAGAUGACAAUACCAGCAAUGGCAUCAACAACAACACAUCUGAUCCUGACUCAUGCAGCACAUCCAUCACAGACCAAUCAGCAAACAACAACUCGGCUCUUGAUUUAAACAAAGAUUUACCUGGACCUCCUCCUACGCAAAUAAACAAAAUAAAAUACUCCCCUAACACUCCAGUUAUUAAAAAAGAUAAAAGACAAAGCUCUUCCCGCUUCAAUGUUUCUCAAGACAGAGAACUACUAAAACUUCCAGCCAUUAGAGAUGCAGCCCCAAAUGAGCGGGAGGAGCUUUUUCUUCAGAAGAUCCGGCAGUGUACUGUGCUGUUUGACUUUAUUAUUGACCCUUUGAGUGACCUGAAAUGGAAAGAAGUUAAGAGAGCUGCCCUCAAUGAGAUGGUUGAAUACGUGACAACACAGCGCAGUGUGAUCACCGAGCCUGUCUAUCCUGAGGUGGUUGCCAUGUUCAGCGUCAACCUCUUCAGAACACUUCCUCCCUCAACAAAUCCAUCAGGGGCUGAGUUUGACCCUGAAGAAGACGAGCCAACUCUAGAAGCUGCUUGGCCUCACCUGCAGCUUGUGUACGAGUUCUUUCUGCGCUUCUUGGAGAAUCCAGACUUUCAUCCACCAACAGCCAAGAAAUACAUUGACCAGAGAUUUGUUAUGCAGUUACUUGAACUUUUUGACUCCGAGGAUCCUCGAGAGAGAGACUUCCUCAAAACCACAUUGCAUAGAAUAUAUGGCAAAUUCUUGGGACUGCGUGCCUUCAUAAGGAAGCAAAUUAAUAACAUAUUUUACAAAUUUAUCUACGAGACAGAGCACCACAAUGGCGUGGCUGAGUUAUUAGAAAUUCUAGGAAGCAUCAUAAAUGGUUUUGCACUGCCACUGAAAGAGGAGCACAAGGUGUUCCUGCUGAAGGUUCUUCUGCCACUACACAAAGUCAAGUCGCUGAGUGUGUACCACCCGCAGUUGGCGUACUGUGUUGUGCAGUUCCUUGAGAAAGAUCCAUCUCUCACAGAGCCUGUCAUCAUCGCGCUGCUCAAAUUCUGGCCAAAAGUUCACAGCCCAAAAGAGGUUAUGUUCCUGAAUGAAUUGGAAGAAAUCUUGGAUGUGAUCGAGCCAAACGAGUUUGCGAAGGUGAUGGUUCCCCUGUUCGUACAGCUCGCCAAGUGCGUGUCGUCACCGCACUUCCAGGUGGCAGAGAGAGCUCUGUACUACUGGAACAACGAGUACAUCUUGUCUCUGAUCAGUGACAACGCCCACACUAUCCUGCCCAUCAUGUUCCCUGCGCUCUACAAGCACUCCAAGACACAUUGGAACAAGACUAUCCAUGGCUUGAUAUACAACGCCUUAAAACUAUUCAUGGAGAUGAACCAGAAGCUCUUCGACGACUGCACUAAGAAAUACAAGCCUGACAGGCAAAGAGAGAAGGAGCGGAUAAGAGAGCGAGAGGACGCUUGGCAUGAGGUUGAGAUGAAAGCUGAGCAGAACCCGCUCUAUAGUGAGUACUCCGAGGCGAUCAUGCAGAGUUCUGCACAGUCUUCGCUGCUCUACACCAACACGCAUCACAUGCUCAAUGAUGAGCUUGACGUUGAAUUUGAUGCCAACGAUGCUGCUGCAGUUGUGGCUGCUGCUGCCGCCGCUGCUGGAGGAGACGGAGUUGCCAAAGAGGUCCCUGGUGCAGUUGAGGCCAAGACGGAGGUUGCAGGAGCGGCGCCUCGCAACAAAGAGAAGCCGCUGCUGCGUCGUAAGAGCGAACUGCCCUAUGACGAGACCACCAUCAAGGCCCUCACCGACCACAAGCGUCCCAACGAGUACCUCACCGUCAACAAGGAGCUCUCGCUGCCUGUCGAGUCUGUCUGAACACCGUCAGCUGUCAACUAGGGGCUGUUCUUGCCGGUUGCGUCCGUCUGAACACCGUCAGCUGUCAACUAGGGGCUGUUCUUGCCGGUUGCGCCCGUCUGAACACCGUCAGCUGUCAACUAGGGGCUGUUCUUGCCGGUUGAGUCCGUCUGAACAUCGUCAGCUGUCAACUAGGGGCUGUUCUUGCCGGUUGAGUCCGUCUGAACAUCGUCAGCUGUUAACAAUUUGCCAUUCUUACCAACCUAUUGUGUGUAUUAAAGCUUGGUAAUGUUCUCAACGGCUAAUCUUCAGAGCAAAACUUUCCAAAUUAGUACAAGAGUUCUGUCUGACGCAUAUAAGAGGAUCGUUGAGUAUACAGUGAGUUAACGCAGAUACCUUGCUGUAUACUCCCUUUGAAUGGAAUCUGUAUGAAACCAUGCUUCCCUUCACUCAGUCUUUUUUAACACCAUCUGCUCCAGACAUGGCCGUACAAUUUCAUUUUCGGUCACUUUGUCAUAUAUUGGUAUUGCUGCUCCAUGAGGUUGAGAACGUUACUAAGAGAUGAAGCAACUAGUACCUACAUCAACUCAAAUCUCCCACCACUGUAGUACCACCAUUACCAAAAAAUACUAACAUCAUCACAAUAUUGAAACCCCUAGUAGUAGUUCCUCCAUUCCACAAUACACAAGCAAUAGUAGUUCCUCUAUUCCACAAUACACAAGCAAUCGUAGUAUCUCCAUUCCACAAUAUACGACCACUAGCAGUAGUACAGCAAUUUCACAAUGUACCACUGCUAUAAAUAUGAAUAUCUUUACUAGCCUGCUUUCCUAGAGCUUAUUUGUUUCUCUUUAGUCGAGGUUUCCAUGGAAAAGACCUUUUUUCCCCGUCAGUACGAUGGGAAAUAAUGGUCUUUAAUGUAUGUUGUUCUUUACUGAAGUUUUCAUUCAGAACAGAUACCUCGCGUAACACAUGCAUUUGAUUCAAUCCCACUACGUUUGAAUUACAUUCCGCUUCUCUUGAGCUUAUUGGCUGCAGUUCCAUACAUUCGUAUGUACAAAUUAACCUUGGUUUCUUAAAAUAAGGAACCUUAUGCUUCAUUUAGCAUUUCUUAUGAAUCAAUUUUUUGCAUUUUAUUUUCUCAUUUUGUGAAUGGGAAGAGGCGUGAUUUAUGGUAGCCUCGUUUGCAGUGCCUGUUAUAUGAAUGUUCUUCUUCAGCAAUUCUGUUUAAAUAUCCUCUGUUAUCGUUUUCAGUAAUUUGCCUGUUAUGACAGACUGUUAUUUCAUAUUAAUACUGCAUUAUUUCACAGCUUGAUGAUGGUUGCGUAGUCCGACUAAAAUGGCUCUGGCAUAGUCAUGUGCCCUUAUCAUGGACAGCCUCCAGUGCUGUUUUAUCUACUCUUAUCUUGACUUACACCUUUCUUCCGUAUGUUGUCACCCUCUCUGAUCCUUUGAUCGUCAUAUCUCUUCUUUUCCACACGUUCUUCUCCGGUCUUUUGCUGGGUGAUAUGUCCCAGUUUCAUGAACUCAGCUCGAGCGUUCUUACGAAUUUUUUUAAACCUUAACCAGGUUCCUAUUAUUUACUUUUGAGACAUUUUUAAAUAUGAGCCUCGAAUACUUGCCUUGUAGCAUUUCUUGGAGACAUAAUAUCAUAUCCUGGCUAGUAACUUGUAUCGUGUGCUGAAGGUAUUCUUUACCUUUGGGUUCCUGCGUUUUAGUUUGACUUGAUAUAAUUUUAUAGCUUGGUUGAUAUCAAUUUAAUUGAAUUCUGCGACCUGACUCGUAGUCGGUUUCUCGAAGAUACUUACUAUGCCGUAAGUACGUCACCUAAUCAUGGCAUGUUCUCAACGUAUCCUGCCGAGCAACCACAGUUAUCCUCUUUAAAAUAUGAGGUUAGGGUUUAACUUAGCAUUAAGGUCUUGAGUAUCUCGCUGGAUUCUCUACAUAUGAAGAAUAUGGUCAUGGCAAGAAUAUGGAUUGUUGGGUUAUAAAGUGAAUAGGCGAACUUGGGAUGUUGGGUUAUAAAGUGAAUAGACAAAAACUCGGUAUGUUGGGUUUUAAAGUCAAUAUGAAAACCUGGGAUGUUGUGUUAUUGAGUGAAUGGGCAAGAACUUGGGUUCUUAGGUUAUUGAGUGAAUUGGCAAGAAAAUUGGUUGUUGUGUUAUUGAUUGAGUAGGCUUUAGUAAUUAGCACAGCCAUUUGGUUCUUAGUAAUAAAUACUUGGGUCGCUAGGCAAAUGCUUGAGAUGACCUGAGUUCAGCUCGAGUAUAACCGUGAAGGAAAAAGUUGAUGUGUACGAUGGCUGGCCGUUGUCACUCGAGUCCAUUUUAGUAAAAUAGACAAAAGUGUGUAGCUUAUAUUCACCCUCGUAGACAACAAGUUGAGUGCUCCCCUCAACUCGUUGCGAGUCGCAAAUGUUGUUAACGUUCAAUGUAAUCUAUACUGUUCCAUGUUGUGUUCUAUAACAAAUUAUUUAGUUCUAAGAGCGCUUCUUGUAUUUAGAGUGUAACCUUUCUUCUCGCUACUAUGCUUUAGAGCUACAACGUUAUGCUUCACCUUACAAAUGGCUCAUAUGACAUGUAAGGGAUACAAUGAUUGACCUUUUCAGUUUGUAUCUUACUAAAUGCAUCUUUACAUAGGUUUGAUAUCAUCUGUAUUUUGCUAUGCGUCUGGCACUAUCUGCAUAUGGUUAUGUGUCUGGUGCCAUUUGUAUAUUGAAAUAUGUCGAUUACCAUCAAUAUGUUGCUACAAGUAUCUCACCUUAAAGAUAUCCCUGAGGAGACCAGUUCAGGUCUUCAGUUAAUGAUAUUUUAGGCAGAAAAUUUGUUUAGUUUUAAAUUGUAGAGGUUGAGGCUUGUGGUAUGAGGAAGAGGGUGGUUCAUUGGUUCAGUUAUGUUUUCCCGUGUGUUGGUAACACGACUGACUGAGUCAACAAUGACGGGAGGGAUUUGACUGUCGCGUCUUUAGGAAUGUUCAGGUAUUCUCUCUUGCGUUCUUCGCAGUAUUCUUUCCGAGAUAAAUGGUUUACCUGUCACUGUUGAAUGGUUUACCUGGUCGUCAAUAAGGACGACCUACUGCUGAUGGGUUGGUUAGUAUGGACUACCUGUUUCUGACAGGUCCAUUAGCACGACCUACUGCUGAUAGGUUGAUUAGUAUGGACUACCCGUCGCUGAUAAGUCAAUUUGGACGAUCUAUUGUUGAAAGGUUAAUAGGGGCUACCCUAGCGUUUGACGUGCACAUCAAAUUUGACCUGUGUUGUUGAAAGCAUUUAAUGUUUCUAUUGUAUGCUCGUGGAGCUCUCGCUGUGCCUACAAUCGUCAUGUGCAGCUACUAUUGUGUAACCUCGUGUGAUCCUACCUCUGGCAAACUUGCAUAUCGACUGCCCUUCCUUGUUCAACUUCAACUUAUUUACUCGAGUUUUGGCCUUUGCUGAUGUACAUCACUCAGAGAGAAAAGCUUUGGAAAUUAUCUCGUGAAGCGGUUGUUUGAAAUGAAUGUCUUGGGAAUGGGAUAUACUUUUUCUAAAUAUGCUACUGAUACCUGGAUACGUUUUUGUUAGGCAGCAACGUCUUUGUUGGUUCAUGAUCAAAAUGUUUUGCGGUUCUUGGGUGGCUGAAGUUACAUUGCCUUCGAUCCCACUCAUUUUAUGAAAUUAUGUUGGAGUUUAAGUGCAUAGGAGUAGAAAAUUUUCUUUACAUUGGUUCUCAGUAUUUGUGUAUCCUGGAAAUAAUGUAGAACUGAUUUGGAGGUCGAGGUGAUCUGACGCCGAGUUCUCUUUUGAACCGUUAAAUUUUUUUUCUCCAUAUAGAGUUGAGGACGGAUUAUGUACUCAACAGCCAAACGUCACGCUGCAAGAUCGCUGCUUGAUCUUUGGAAGAUUGGCAAUGUCAAGACAAAUCAUUUCCUCGUAUAAUUAUUGUGACUUGAACUUUGGGGUGCGCUAGGCAGUGAAUGUAUACUGCACGCCUUUCCUUUGUGUGGACUCAUUAAUGUGUAGCAAUUACGUAUUUGGGAUUAAUAUCAAAACUGUAACACUAAGCGCGAUAACGCGACAAUGUCCUUAUGUUCUGUCCCUAACCAGGAGAACCUCUAAACCAUUAUAUCGAUGUGUCUUACUUUUGGUGGUGGUUCUUAUUAGUGUACCAUCCCUGAUUACAAUUUAUUCUAUCUGCUUUAAAAUUACAACCAAUAUAUGAUAUAAAUGUGUGCAUAAUAUAGAUUUAUCUUAAUGCCCACCUAAUUCCUGUAUAAUGGAACCUGAAUAGUUCAAUGUAGAAGUUCACCAAUAACUUACUCUUGUCCUCUAACUGUGAAUGCCGUUAUUACUGUAGGCAACCGCUGCUUCGAUUAGGAACUUUUUUUCUUUUCUGUGAAGAAAUUAAUGGAGUCUUUACUGAGACCUGGAACCUUAAUUCAUGAAGUCGCUGCUGUCUAUAGCUUUGUAGGUAGUUAUUUUAUUUUUCAUGUUCGGUUUGAAGAAGAUCGGGCCCAAUUAUAUUUUGAUUCAAUUUUUGAGAAUUCUUUCUUGAAAGUGGUUUACCAGUUCAACGCUAGUUACCUGAUGCUACCCUCACCAGGACAAUUAAACAACUGAGCAGAGUAGCUCGAGGUAUUCGGGGUUACUCUCAUCAGGGACAACUCGGUAACUACUCUAACUGCUAUGAAUGCGUGCUACUAAGGCGUCUCAGGUCUGUACGGGGCUCCCCCCCUCUGAUGCAUGACGUGUCUAGUAAUUUUUUGCGGACUGAUUUGUUUGAUUUGUUGCGUCGCCCGAUGCGCGGCCGGCGAAGAAAGGAUUGCUUCAUUCCUUGACCUGCAAUUAGAUACAGGAUCUUCAUGCAUUUUGUUGCUGGUGAGCAUUUCUGUCUAGCAUUCCAUUAAAUGGCCGUGAUAUCCUGCUUUGUGUUCGCAUCCCUCUCAGCUGCUGAGUUAAGUUGACAUCUUGGACUUCUGGUUUAUUGGCCUUCCCUUGCAAUCGAGUAACACCCUCGGUAUAUAGUAUACUUGGAACUGUCAUGGUAUCACCAUCUUAUAACACUUGGAUACCUGGCCUUGACAUGUGACAAGGCAUUGGUAUCGCCAUAUGACGAGAUCACCAUCUUGGACUAUAAGAUACUCGGCCUUAUCUUAUGACGAAGAGCUUUCUUGGCUUAGACCACGUCCUCAGAUGUCCACGUGGCUUGACCUUCCGUUGACACCGCACUCUCGCGGUGACUGACCGAGGGUCGUUACCUGCCGACUCGUGCGCUCCCUGUACAUACAUACAACCUCGAAGCUUUCGCCUAUCUUGUUCUGCCUUCAAUAUUUUCAUAUGUAAUUAUUAAAUGAAUCAUCCUAGUUUAAGCAUGAACAUUGCUAAUUACUGAACCGCGGCCCUACUUUUGAGUUGUGCUCACAUCGCAGGUCUUUUAACUGUAAAUCUGGAAUGGAGAAUAGCAACUUUACAUAAGCUUAAUAAUGAUCUGCUAUAACUGU